CACAUACCCUUCAGCCCUUCCACACCGGUACACUUGACCUCUCCCACUUUUUCUCAAUCCCAAAUCCUUCCCUGAAACUCUCUCCCCCUACUUGCCCAGAAAGUUCAUUACUUUCUUAAAAAUGGCUAUCAGAAAAUCAAACAAACUGCCUCAAACAGCUGUACUCAAGCAAAUCGUCAAGAGGUGCUCGAGCUUAGGAAGGAAACAACAUGACUACGAUGAACAAGGGCUUCCUUUGGACGUCCCAAAGGGGCAUUUUGUUGUAUAUGUUGGAGAGAACAGAAGCAGAUACAUUGUUCCAAUCUCUUACUUGACUCGUCCUGAGUUCCAGAGCCUACUGCAACAAGCUGAAGAAGAGUUUGGCUUCAACCACGAGAUGGGUCUCACAAUUCCUUGUGAAGAAGAAGUUUUCCAAUCUCUAACAUCCAUGCUCGGAUGAAGAUUAGGUCGUGCACUGUUUGGUUUUUCUUUUUGGAGAAAAUGGCUAAAGAUGAAGCUGCUUCAUUGCUUCUCUGUUCCAGUUUUCUCUUCUCAUCUCUUUUUCCAUAUAUUUUAAAGAGAUCUUAUUUUAGACUCUGACCCAAAAACCCAUGAAUAUUGGGAAUCUGGGUUUGCAUUUGUAAAUCUGUAGAAGUUUGAAAUUUUCCUCACAGUGGUGUGGAGCUGUACUAAUGUACCCUGUGAGAGAACGAAUAUAAAUUAAGAAUUUUUGGGGGCUUAUACCCCUUUUCUCAUUA